GCAGAUGAUGAUAACAUUAGUCAUUCUUCUCACUUCAUCGCUUGAAAUGCAUGUCGGUGGAGAGUCUCUGCAGUGCAUUUGCCCGGCUACAGUGGCGCAGGCUUUCACACCAUUCCCAGACCUCUCCUGUUUGGAGAACCGACCUCUAUCGACAUGAACGCGCGCGAGACCAAGAUGUCCGUUUACCUAAAAACGAUCGUUAAUUCCCAUUUAGCCAAAUGAACCCAAUCGCGCCGGCCAAUGUAGCCGACUAGUGUUCAGUUCUGCCCGCUCGGAGCGUUGUGUUUACUGGAUAUUUUGUUUCUAUAGCAUUUGGAUUGACCGAAAGCAUCUUGUUUUCCCCCCACACAUCAGUCGGAUCGGAGAAAGAGAUUCGACUUUUUUCCAUCCGGGAGUCUGGGAUAAUAUGUCAAGACGAAAACAGACCAACCCUUUCAAAGUGAAUUGUAGGUAUCCCAGGGCCUUUUCACACGACUGGGUUGUCCGGCCCGCAGCACACUUUUGAGAUGGAUGCAAGAGACGACUUCAUUGAGGACGGCGAAUGCAACUCACAGGAACCUGAAGAGCAAGACAGCACAAGUGACGACGGUGACAGUGAUUUCGAUAAAGACGACGACUCAAAUGCCUCGGCUGAUGACAGCAUGACGAGUAAUAAGAGCAGUCACUGCCACAUACUGCAAGAUGACGUCAAGGAGGAGAGCGAGGAAGGAACUGACCAUGGGAGUUUUGUUUGUCCUCUUUGUUCCCUGGAGUUCAGUAGCGCUGACCAGCUCAUCGCACACGUUUAUCAGCACACGGCUGUGGGUGGCAGUAAGAGUUAUAUCUGUCCUGUUUGUGGACGAGCUCUCAGUUCUCCAGGCUCUCUUGGCCGUCAUCUUCUCAUCCAUUCAGAGGACCGUCUGUCCAACUGUGCAGUGUGUGGAGCUCACUUUACAGACACCAACAACUUCAACAGGGAAAAGUUGAAGGAAUUCCUCGACACAAGCAGUAUAGAGAUCAACAGCGAUGGUGAGUCCUGCGCCAUGUCCAACCCUCUACCCAGAAGUCCUACUACAAACCCCAGCCCAAAUCCAGGUCCUGUACUGACCUCAAUGCCAGAUGGACUUCUCCCUUCUGCUCCGCCUCUUCCAUCACUCUCUGACAGCCUCAGUCCUUCCAGCACGGGCCUUCCACCACUUCCAGACCUCAUGAACCCAAUGCCCGUGUACCCAGCUGGGGUUUUGCUGGUCUGCAACAGCUGUGUAGCCUACCAGCAGCUCGUGGAUGCCCAGUCGCCGUCUAUGAGGAAAUGGGCGAUCCGUAGGAAGAACGAACCCGUGGAGGUGCGGAUGCAGCGGCUGGAACGGGAGCGAACAGCCAAAAAGACAAAACGGGCAUGCGAGACACCGGAGGAACGAGAGAUGCGACGGUUACGAGACCGUGAGGCGAAACGAAUGCAAAGGAUGCAAGAGAGUGACGAGCAACGGUCACGUCGUCUACAACGUGACCGGGAAGCCAUGCGACUCAAACGGGCUAAUGAGACACCAGAGAAAAGGCAGGCACGGCUAAUCCGUGAGCGGGAGGCCAAGAGGCUCAAGCGACGCUUGGAGAAGAUCGACCCAUCGUUGAGAAACCAGAUUGAACACGAUCCUGCUGCAAUGGCGGCGCUCACUGCUGAUAUGAGUCUGUUCCAGUUUUCAUUCCCCAUGUCCGUUCCCUCUAUGGACAACGGACUGUUUAUGAAGCUCCCCUAACAAGCACAGCUCACAGUGCAACCUUUGAGAAGAAACUGCAAUUCUUGAAGAAUAAUGAUCUUGAUCACUUGUAACUGCGAUAGGAAUGUUAUGGUCUUGUAGUUUCAAGGAGCUCGCCCUGAUAGCCGUUUGGAGUGAUGUUAGCUCUGGACUUCAUUUUACAAGAGCAGAUUUGAAUCAGCAUGAAAGACCAAGAGCUGCAAUGCAACAACAUUGACAACUUCAGGCAGCAAAGCAAGGUAUGACUACUGCUGGGAGUGAUCUGCUGUCUGAUACAGUUGGAUAUUGCAGAUGAGGUUGCUCUACAAGACAGACAAUUCCUUGGAACCUCCAAGGGUGGUGGAAUACUGUAGUCAACCGUGCGAACAAAUAACACCAGCGCUGGGCAAUGUUUAGUAGACUACUACAGUGACAUUUUCAAGAACCGCCUUAUCCCUUUCGCUAUGACCUAAGUGAAAAGUCUAAGAGCAGGGAUCAUGUAGAUGAUCUUCCCAUAUGGUGGUCAGAAGAGAAAGCUGGACCUGAGUCCUCAACUAUCAUCUCUGGUCAAGUAGGAAUGCCUACUAGAAACCGACAAUAUGGCGACUUGCCAAACUCCUCAGAGGUGAUUGAAUUGCUGUCAGUAUGAAUAACCCUAUAUGUAACAUGACUUGAUUUACAUGAUUAUCUGAACUUAUAAGAAGUUCUGACAUUCAUCAAAAGACAAAUACUCUUCCCUGUCUGUAAGCAUGUUUUAGAAGACUUGUCUACUUUAUUUUCAAGGCUCAGACUUUUUGCCAUCUUUCUUUAAAGACCCUUCAAUUAAGGGGGUUCUCUGUUUGCACACGGACCUUACAGUGACAGGAGUGAGACGUGUAGCCACACUCCACACUCAGCCUACUGUUCAAAUCUGCCAGACUGACUGGCUGGAAUUUACCUGCAUCUCUGGCUCACCUCCCAGGACCUUAAAUUGGGUCACUACUAGCUCAUUUUUUCACAGAACCAACUACCUCACCAUGGGCUUUCUGCAUGGCCUAGUCAAACCUGUGGAUCACAGGCACCAUGCAGGUCCACACACUGACUCAAUGUUACCCUAUGCCAACACCUACUACAGUCCAGGGGUGUCCAAUCUUUCUCCUAGAGCAGGGGUCACCAAACUUGUUCCUGGAGGGCUUGUGUCCUGCAGAUUUUAGCUCCAACCCUAAUUAAACACACCUGAACAAGCUAAUCAAGGUCUUACUAGGUAUACUUGAAACAUCCAGGCAGGUGUGUUGAGGCAAGUUGGAGCUAAACCCUGCAGGGACACCGGCCCUCUAGGACCGAGAUUGGUGACCCCUGUCCUAGAGGACCACCUUCUUCAACAGUUUAUUCACAAUCUUAAUUAAAAACAAUCUUGAAAUAUCUAAUCAAGGUAUUCAUUAGGUGUGUCCCAAGUCACAUACUUCUAAACUAUUUACGCCAUUUCAUAGUAUAUAUAGUGUAAGUUGUUAACUCUUACUGAACAAUUCUAAAAGGAAUAGGUGCAGUUUAAAUAACUGGAUGAUGCACUUAUUCAACUGAUAAACAGAAGUCUGGUAUGUUGCACUCAACGGUUGCAGCAUCGCUAACUAAGCGGAAGGAAAAGAGCUAUCGAGCUCUAAGGGUUGGAUUAAUUUUAUUUAUUUUGGAUUGUGCAUGCAAAAUUCUCCUACUUUAGCAAUUAUGCCACCUACCGAAGGUAAAUUCGGUUGUACACAUGACAGGUACUAUAAGGAAGUUUGGUCUUUUUUCUUUUUCAAAUUUGGCAACAUUAAACGUCAUAUGGGAAACUGUUUGGAUUUCCCUUCAUUACAAAUUUGAGAGGAUACUAAAGUCAUACACUACAUAGUUGAGUGUAUAAAUGCACAGUGUAUCGGUGCAUAAUGUAGAGUGUGUCAAUUGGGAUGCAACUAAUGUAACUCAACCUUAAGCCAGUGUAAAUUGAAGGAAAUCUUUGGUCCUCCUGGAGCAAGAUGGACACCCAGCCUAUGAUCAUUACCCUAUAUGUUUAUUGAAACGACAACUUACUUAAAUGCUGUUUGAAUGCCGCUGACCCAGAUCGUGAAAUCUACGUGGGCUUGCAGUCUUGUGGUUUUAGCUAAUGCAGUUUAAGGUCAACUAGACCUUGACCACAUCCUAUUUGUCAAUAUUUACAAGGAUGCAACCUUCACUAUGCCCCUCAGUACACCCUUUAGUUAAGCCUGGAUUUGGAAACAAACCAAUACCUGAUUGUCUGUGUGGCAUUACAACACCAAAGUGUGGACUUCAAGGGCUGAGGGUGCCAUUUGGGACAAGGCCUCUAUUGGAGACCUAUUGGAGGAAGGUCAUUACUGUGGAUGUACUCUUAGAUAUUGUUUCAAAGCACAUUCAGACACACUUCUCUGACCUCCUAAAGGCUUUAUAUAGCUUAUCGCAAUGCUACACGGGUUGAUACUUGUCUAGGAACUCAGGGAUGGUGUGGAUCAUCUGCAUCUUCACGGCCUGAGAACACAGGAGCAGGAGACCUCCUCGUCAUUAUCAUGCUCGAUCAGACACAAUACUCACCUUUACCGGUCACAUUGGCCUUUUUUUUUUUCUUAUUUUUAAACUGCAAACUCCUCAACUGAGCCAAAAGGUCAAUAAGGAUAUUCCGCAGCUCCAUUACGUCUCGACUAAACCGACCAGUCUCUGCCCUCUGCUGCUGUCACUGUACUGUUUAAUGUAUAUGUUACCUCUUAAAACCAGUGUGGUCCCGCACUGGACCUGGGAAUGCUUGUUGUUAACGACAGGGCACUUACCGUGUGCUUAGUCUAUAUGGCAACGCAAGUAGUGUACAAAUUCGAAAAAAAGAGAAAAGGUUGCCUUUGUCACUGGAAAGUCGUGCUUUGGUUUUAUAUUUAAUGAUUGAAAUUGUGUGCUAUUUCUAUGAGAUGUGCAAUGAUGUAAAGGUUUAGCAAAUGCAUGUAUGAAACAAUCAGGAUGAACACUUCCAGAGAGAAAUCCCUCCUGUAUGGAGCAGUGACAAUGCUGCAUAUUUACACUCAAAUGGAAAUACCACGGCAAUUGCACAUUAACAAAAGUGUUUCAUAGUAAUUUAAAGGUGAAGUGUGUAAUGUCUGUGCCAGUUUUAGACUGCAAAGACAACCCCUGUCUUCCAUCGCUCAA